GAAGACACUCAUCAUGAAGAUCUGUGCUGUGUUCUGUGUAUUUGUGGCUCUUGCGCUGGGCUCUCCGGUUCCUCCGAACACACAGCAGUGUGAAUGCAGCGCCGCCGCCAGGUCUCUGCUCUCCAGCCUCUCACACAUCAUGCAGAAGAUGAUUCCUCACACUCUCACAGCGUCUGUCUGUCAGCCCAGCGGCUCCGCUCAUAAUGUGUCCUGCUCCAGCCACAGACGCUCGUCUUUCAGUGAGACGGAGUGUCUGAGGAACAUCAGAGCUGAUCUGAGCUAUUACGAUGUGAUGCUGAGCUCCUACAGGCCCAGUGAGACUGAUCUGAGUCCAGUGAAGACAGCCACCAAAGGCCUGAUGAAUUGUUUGAAUGAGAACUGCGAGGCUGCGGAUGGAGAGUUUCCUCAGUGGCGCGUCUGGAGCGGAUCGUCCUUCGAUGACCGUCUGUCCCUGUGCAAGACGCUGAAGGGCUUCCACAUCCGGGCCAUCACCGUGAACCGGGCGCUGGGGUACAUCGGCUCCGGAGAGCACAGGAAAUGAUGUCACUCACCACAGCGCCGCUUCCUCUUCACACGACUGCACGCCUGUCAGUCACGCAUAAGCUAGUGUGGCCU